UUGAGUUAAUACACACGCGCACUGCACAGAGUCGUUCCAGCUAGAAGUAGUAAAUACUUUACCGUAAGUACUGCUGUUUGGUUGGCUAGCGCAAUUGAAUUGUUGUCUAUGAUGAGUACAUUUACAUUAUUUUAUGCAAUAUUGAAACCUGGAGUUCUGUGAUUGAGAAAAUAGACAUAGGACAUGCUUCUACCAUUUUGCACCUUAGGUAUCCUCGUGUCGAUAAUAUUGAUCGCCAUCAUAGUUUUUAACGCAUUGACCUCAAUCAUUACGGUACAAUUCUAUGGUGACGUUCUUUCUGAUUUCGUAGCCACAAUGAAAUAUCAUAAUACGCCACUUGUUCUGUUUAUAAAUGUAAUAUUUGUAGGAUUAAUAGGCCGUCCUUCAGUGUACACUACUGACAGUGUAGUCAGUAGUAUAUAUUGUAACCUAAAUACCUAGCUAGCUACAGUGAGCUAGAACACAAUAAGUAGCUAGCUAGAUUCAUCAGCCGACUGCUAGACAUAGCUACCGCUAACGUUACUGGUUAGUUAGCUAGCUAGUUAAGUUACAGUGAUACCGCCACGUCUUCUUAACCUCCCACUGGGCUACUGAGUGACCAUUUACAAUGGCUGCUGCUAGAAAACGAACGCGAUCAGGCAUCGAAGAUGUGAGAGACAGAAAAGCAAAGGUUAUUAAAGACAGCGGUGAGAAGAGACACAUCGCAGCCCUGAUCCUGGCGAGGGGAGGCAGUAAGGGGAUCCCCCUGAAAAAUAUCAAAAUGCUAGCCGGUGUCCCCCUCAUCGGAUGGGUUCUGAGAGCUGCAGUGGACUCCAAACAGUUUGACAGUGUGUGGGUAUCAACUGACCAUGAUGACAUUGAGAAGGUAGCCACGGCAUGGGGAGCUCAGGUUCACCGCAGGAGCCCAGAGGUGUCCAAAGACUCCUCCAGCUCUCUUGACACCAUCCAGGAAUUCGCCCGAUUAAACCCAGAGGUGGAUGUGAUCUGUCACAUCCAGGCCACGUCUCCCUGCCUGCACCCCUUCCACCUGAAGGAGGCCCUGGAGAUGAUCACCAAGCAGGGCUUCACGUCCGUCUUCUCCGUGGUCCGACGACACCACUUCCGCUGGCAGGAGGUGAAGAAAGGAGGUAGUGUAGCCACCCAGCCUCUCAACCUGGAUCCAUCCAACAGGCCCCGGAGACAGGACUGGGAUGGAGAGCUGUGUGAGAACGGAUCUUUCUAUUUUUCCACCAGAGCCCUUAUAGAGGAAGGUGUUUUGCAGGGGGGGAAGUGGGCUUACUAUGAGAUGCUGCCAGAGUACAGUGUGGAUAUUGAUGUGGAUAUCGACUGGCCCGUGGCAGAACAGAGAGUACUGAGGUUUGGUUACUUUGGCCUGGACAAGCCUGAGGUGGUGCGUCUGCUGCUGUGUAACGUCUCCGGCUGUCUGACUGACGGCCGCGUCCUCAUCUCUGUCUCUGGAGAGGAGAUGGUCUCAGUCAACACCAGAGAUACUAUGGGUAUCCGCAUGCUGCAGAGAGAGGGGGUGGAGGUGAUCUUGAUCUCGUCCGGUGAGGACCCUGUGACCAAGGCCCUGGCUGACAAUCUAUCCCAGAGGACAGGCUGCGAGGUCAGGCAGCUGGGCAAAGACAUCCAGGGUGAGGUCAAAGCCAUGAUGGAUGACAAGGAUCUGGACUGGAAGGAGGUCGCCUAUAUGGGUAAUGAUGCACCAGAUGUUGACUGUCUGAACCUGGCUGGGCUGAGUGCAGUACCCCGGGACGCCCCAGUGGUGGCGAUCAACGCUGCUAAAUACUCCUGCCACAAUGCUGCAGGCCUGGGGGCUGUGAGGGAGUUUUCUGAACACAUCCUGCUGCUCAAGAAGAAGGCCAAGUCUCAGAUGGAACAGGACCGCAUCCACAGAAAUGCAUUCUAAACUCUAGAAUGUGUUCUAAAGUCACAGAAAUACAUUCUAAACUCUAGAAUGUGUUCUAAAGUCACAGAAAUACAUUCUAAACUCUAGAAUGUGUUCUAAAGUCACAGAAAUACAUUCUAAACUCUAGAAUGUGUUCUAAAGUCACAUAAAUACAUUCUAAACUCUAGAAUGUGUUCUAAAGUCACAUAAAUACAUUCUAAACUCGAAUGUGUUCUAAAGUCACAAAGUCACAGAAAUACAUUCUAAACUCUAAAAUGUGUUCUAAAGUAGGGAUAGGCAUUAGAAAUAAUAUCAUGACAUUUUAUCGGAUAUCCAGAUAGUUUUAAUCAUGGACACUUGUUUGCUGUGCAGCCUGCAGGACUCGGGAGAUACUGUGUGGACAGGGACCAGGGGUGUGCGACAAAGGAGGGAGAGAAAAAGUAGCCCCUGACUCGCGCUAGUUAGACACUUGUAAAUGCCAUAGGUUAUCUAUCAUCCAAUAUGGCAGAUUAAACAGCCUAUACUGAAGGUUGCUCAUUGUAGGCUACUCCUCAUUUAGUUGACUUAAUUCUGUCAUUUUAAUUCAACUUUUCUUUCAUUGCUUUGAGAUCUCCCACUUCACGUUGCUACACAUGGAGCCUCUGACUGUAGUGUCAACAACAGCAAGCUAAGUGAAACCUGUGUAGGCUACUGUAUGUAUUUUUAAAACUAUAUUCACAUUAUUAAAUGAAGAAUUCCAAAUGUCAUGAGUGUAGAAAUGUCCCAUAGAUCAUUUUAUUCCGUUAAGAUGAAGCCUUGUCAUUGUUGAAAUAGGCCUGUGUAUACGAAUACUAAUGUCUGUUUGAAUAACUGUGCCCAUUGCUAGUUUUUACAGGUUGUCAGAUCAAGGUAGUUUGGGUUUUAUAUCGCUACAGGUUGUGUUGACAAAAAUGAAUGUCUUUAUUUUAAAUGAAGUAGUAUACAGGAGGCCUUUCAUUUACUUGAGAUUGAUUGUUUUUCUCUCCACUUUUUAAUGUUCUGUCUUAAUUUUGGGGGGAAAGUAUUAGGAUAUUAACAUGGAGUUGCACUGAGAUUCUUGUUGUUUGGGGUGUUUACUUUUGUAUUUUGCCUGCAAUUUGUUUGUCAAAUUAUAUAUGAUCAUAAACGUAAGAAACACUU